ACAAGGGCUGCAGCAGUGACUUCUUUGGACCUGUUUUUCUACUAAGGGCAUAUGAAUGAAAAUGUGGGAAUUCUGUUAUAUUCUGCUGGUUCAGAGUACCGCCAGAGGCUGUCACCUGUGGUUCCACUAAGGUGGUUUGAAGAACCUUUUCUCAAGUCUUCUGAUUUAUUGAUCACUCAUGAUCCUGAGGCAUCACACUGAGCAGGAUACACACAUUGUACAAAUCUGGUGGAAGGAACAGAACAGGCGCCUUGUGUCAAAGUUCUGUCUGGCGUACGCCAACGGGAGGUACAACCAGGAACUCAACCCCCUCGUAUGUCUUCUGCAUCUACACAGGCCACAAUCCAGGAUCCUUUAUUCACAUGAUCAGCUUUCAGGUUAUAAAAAAAAGCCAAUGAGUUUGGGGCCCAAAAGGGAAACAUGACAGCUGUGUUCUGCUUAGGGUCUAUCUCUGGUAUCAGAGCCCUAUGGGAGGGCAGAAUCCAGAGACAACAGGAAGAGCUGAGGACCCAGAAAAUCUGCGGAGGAAAGGCGGCUUUGGGAGAUAUCUCUCAUCUCUGGGAGAGCCGCAUCCAGUUAUCCAAGCUGAAAGAGAAGGUUUACAAUGAGGAUGGAAGAUUAAUCCUAAGGAUUGAAAAGGAGGAGUGGAAGACACUGCCCGCAUGCUUGGUGAAGUUACCACAACUUCAAGAGUGGCAACUGCACCGCACAGGCCUGACCACAAUACCCAAGUUCAUUGCAAACUUUAGCAACCUCUUGGUCCUGGACUUAACGCGAAAUGUUAUUAAUAACAUUCCUCGGGAGAUCGGGAGGCUCACUAAGCUCCGAGAGCUUCUGCUCAGCUAUAACCGGAUUUCAGAGGUCCCUGAGGAACUGAGUGGCUGCGAGAGCCUGGAAAGAUUGGAACUUGCUAUGAAUAAAGACAUAGCAGGACUCCCAGAUCAGCUCAGUAAACUGACGCAGCUCACCCAUGUGGACCUCAGUAUGAAUCAGUUCUCAACCAUCCCAAAGGCAAUUUUGGAGCUCCCUGCCCUGGAAUGGCUGGACAUGGGUAGCAAUAGAAUUAAGGAGCUGCCCCAAAACAUAGACACCAUGCAGACGCUACACACCUUGUGGCUGCAGCGGAAUGAGAUCUCCCAGCUCCCUGAGUCUAUCAGCUGCCUACAGAAUCUCAACACAUUGGUACUGAGUAAUAACCUAAUGAGACAAAUCCCAACUUGUCUGCAGAGCUUGCAAACCCUCCGGUUCGUAAACUUCAGGGAUAACCCAUUGGAGCUGGAAGUUACACUGCCCCCGAGUGAAGAUGGAGAAGAGGAGGAGGAGAGAGAGCUGUUUGGGCUACAGUUCAUGCAUGCCUACAUCCAGGAGACUCUAAAGUCCAGUGACUCAGGUAUGAAGGUGCUGCCUUAAAUAAGAACUUGAAGAACAAAGAGAAAUCAGCCUUUUUUCAUGACUGAGCAGUCAGAUGG